CUGUCCUCCGAUUACCAACAGGAAAACAUCGUCAAACAAUCAACCGCUUCUCGUCUCCUCUGUCCAUCUGUUUCCUUUCCCCUUGCUCUUGUUUCUUGUUUUCUUUUUUAGCCUUCCCUAUAAACAUCCUUUCAUGGCCACCCUCUCAGCUUAUCCAACCCCAAACCCUAACCCUAAUUUCCGUCCCUCGACAGACCAAACUGAGGCCGACCCUGAAUCCCUCCCCCGCAUGGAGCCUCACCCCUCUUCUGACCCCAACCCUAUGCCCGCCUCGAAUUCUAACCCUAAUUUCAGCACUCCAUCCGACGCAAUUUCUCUUUCUGCGACGCCGCCCUCUCUUCUCCACCUCUCCUUCAACCAGGACCACGGUUGCUUCGCCGUCGGCAUUGACCAUGGCUUCCGGAUCUACAAUUGCGAUCCAUUCCGAGAAAUCUUUCGCCGGGAUUUUGAUCGCGGGGGCGGUAUUGGAGUCGUGGAGAUGCUUUUUCGGUGUAAUAUUUUGGCUCUCGUUGGCGGUGGACCCGACCCGCAAUACCCGCCGACUAAAGUUAUGAUCUGGGAUGACCACCAGAGCCGAUGCAUCGGGGAGCUUUCGUUCCGUUCUGAAGUGAGAUCGGUUCGGCUCCGGAGAGAUAGAAUAGUAGUCGUUUUGGAACAAAAGAUAUUCGUCUAUAAUUUUGCUGAUUUGAAGCUUUUGCACCAGAUUGAGACUAUCGCGAAUCCAAAGGGACUCUGCGCUGUCUCUCAGGGGUCUGGGUCCUUGGUUUUGGUUUGUCCUGGAUUACAGAAGGGACAAGUUAGGGUUGAGCAUUACGCCUCGAAGAGGACUAAGUUUAUUAUGGCUCAUGAUUCGAGAAUUGCGUGCUUUGCACUCUCGCAGGAUGGGCAGGUGCUUGCUACCGCUAGCACGAAAGGGACGCUGGUUCGAAUUUAUAAUACUGUUGAUGGUAGCUUGCUGCAAGAGGUAAGGAGGGGUGCAGAUAGAGCUGAAAUUUAUAGUCUGGCGUUCUCUUCAAAUGCCCAGUGGUUAGCAGUUUCAAGUGACAAGGGCACAGUUCAUGUUUUCAGCCUUAAGAUUAAUGGUGGAUCUCUGAGUAUUGACAUGUCACAAAAUGUGUCCGAACCUGUUACUUCACCGCAUUCGUCUCUUUCUUUUAUCAAGGGUGUGUUACCCAAGUACUUCAGCUCAGAGUGGUCAGUGGCCCAGUUCCGCCUGGUUGAAGGUUCUCAGUACAUUGUUGCUUUUGGUCACCAAAAGCAUACGGUGGUAAUUCUUGGUAUUGAUGGAAGCUUCUACCGAUGCCAAUUCGACCCGGUGAAUGGUGGGGAAAUGACGCAGCUGGAAUAUCACAACUUUCUGAAACCCGAGGCAGCUUUCUGAUGUGUGGCGUUUAUUUCGUAUAAAAAUAUGUAAUUUGUAAAUAUUCUAAACUUUAGCUUUGUAAAGUUGGGCGUAACACCCCCACUCCCAUAAAUAAAUUUCAACUCUUCAUUGUUUAAUUUAAUUCCCUUUUCAUAAC